GUACCUGCUCAAUCCUUUCCCGUUAUUGUUUGUUUGUGCCGUAAUGUGGAUUGAAUUUUGUGCCUUACUUGAAUUUUCAGGCGUGAAGCGUAAUUAGUUCUGGGAAUUUGAUUGGAAACUACCGGCUUUCACAAAGUCAUUGCGCUGAAUAACUGGAUCACAGUGUCUGGUAAGUCUGAUCCUUAUUGUAGUUUUUCUGAGUUGGUAUUUCCCCAAUCAUUGCACAGUUUUGGGGUGUUCCACGUCAUUUUAGGCUUUGCCCCUGUUCUGGGUGGUUUUUUGGGAGUUGAUGGCGCAAUAAUAGUUCGAGUGUGAUAAGUCUAAUCUGAAAUGCAUAGUGGCAUAUCUUUGUUGACUCGACGAUUUCUCAAGGACUCGCUUGUUACCAUCGGGACUAGUGGGAAUGUUUUUGGCUCUCAUUGUAGUCCUUUGGGUUUGAGAGAUGGUGGCUUUCUUUUGUUUCGGUUUUUCUCAUUUACUCCAAUGCACCGUCGCGGGCCCGAUCCGGAUGACCCCGCCAAUUUGAUAAAAGAAGAUGGGGUGACUGUUUGUUCACAAAUGUGGAUCGAGAACUUCAAAGAACCUGAUAGAAUUGCUACCAAUUUGAGUUCUUAUCUUAGAAGGUUCGAGUUGUGGGUGCUAGCAUAUCAGAAGGCCUGCAUCGAUGAGACCGGUUCCUAUGUGGCUAAGAGUUCAAUCCAGAGAGCUGAGCUGGAAGGCUUGUUGGCACUGAGAAAUGCUGUUCUUGAUAAUAGGUUUAGAUGGGGUUCUAGGUUGGAUUUUUUCAUUAAGUCACCGAGGGAUAAGACAGAGUAUCAGUCGUUGUCAAAGAGAAAGAUUAAGGCUAUCUUGACUACCACACAGCCGACCCCAUUUCAGGAUAAGAUCGUGCAGGAGGUUUUGUUGAUGAUUUUGGAGCCAAUUUAUGAAGCCAGGUUUUCACAGAAGUCAUUUGCUUUUAGGCCAGGGAGGAAUGCGCAUACGGUGUUGAGGGUGAUCAGGAGGAAUUUUGCAGGGUAUUUGUGGUAUAUAAAGGGGGAUUUGAGUACCAUAUUGGAUGGGAUGAAGGUUGGGUUAGUUAUAGGUUCUUUGAUGAGGGAUGUUAGAGAUAAGAAGAUCGUUGAUUUGGUGAAGGCAGCGUUAAUAACACCAGUCAUAACGAGUAAGCCUGACGAUGGUGAACAGAAGAAAAAGAAGAAGCGGAAGUAUCAAAAGAAGAAGGUCUUAGCAGAAGAUGAACCGAAGCCUGACCCUUACUGGUUAGAUACAUUUUUUGGGUUUGCACCCGAGGAGGCAGGGAAGCUUCCUAAUUGGGGACAUUGUGGAAUUCUUAGCCCACUUUUGGCUAAUAUAUGCCUUGAUGAGUUGGACCGUUGGAUGGAGAGUAAGAUAAAAGAAUUUUACCAUCCAUCUAAGAGUGAUGUUAUAUGGAAUAGCCCAGAAGGGGAAGUAGAGCACGGGAAUACAUCUUGGCCAGAGUUUGUUCCGACAAGUGGGCCUGAUAAAACUCGGAAGAUGGACUAUGUGCGAUAUGGUGGUCACGUUUUGAUCGGUGUUCGGGGCCCGAGAGCAGAUGCGGCAACAUUGAGAAAGCAAUUGAUAGAAUUUUGUGAUCACAAAUUUAUGUUUAAGCUUGACAAUGAGAGCCUCCCUAUUGAGCACAUCACGAAGGGCAUAAUGUUCCUUGAUCAUGUCUUGUGCCGGAGGGUUGUUUAUCCAACUUUACGUUACACUGCGACUGGGGGAAAGAUAAUUAGUGAGAAGGGUGUGGGCACCCUUUUGUCAGUCACAGCGAGCUUGAAGCAAUGUAUCAGGCAGUUCAGGAAGUUGAAUUUUCUCAAGGGCGACAGAGAUCCUGAUCCGCAACCGUGUUUCAGAAUGUUCCAUGCCACACAGGCUCACACAAAUGCGCAAAUGAACAAGUUUUUGUCCACAAUGGUUGAGUGGUAUCGGUAUGCUGACAACCGGAAGAAAAUUGUGAACUUCUGUUCCUACAUAAUUAGGGGAUCUCUUGCAAAGCUAUAUGCUGCCAAGUACAAACUCCGUUCGCGAGCUAAGGUGUACAAGAUUGGUGCAAGAAAUCUGAGUCGUCCAUUAAAGGAAAAGAAAGGACAGUCUCCUGACUACCAUAAUUUGCUGAGGAUGGGUCUUGCUGAGUCUAUUGAUGCUCUACAGUAUACCAGAAUGUCUCUUGUUCCUGAAACUGAUUAUUCUCCUUUCCCGUGUAAUUGGAGACCUGAUCAUGAAAAGGCAUUGAUGGAAUACAUAAGGCUUGAUGACUCAAAGACUUUGGAAGAGCAGAGGAGUUGCAUCCGUGAACAAGGUCUUGUGUCCCCUCAGGACUACAUUUCAAUGCUCGUUUGGAACUACAAGAGGAAUUCUGUCCGAAUGGAUCAGCUGUCCUUGCACAGUAGCACUGACAAUGGCAUGGAAAAUAGACAGUUACUUUUGGGAUCGGAUCUCAAAAAGAAGGGUGAUAAUUGCAAAGAAGAGCAAGAUGAUGAACGACUUUAUGUGGCACAAGGGUGAAACAUGUUCUUUCUGAAAUUUUCCCUGGACGUCUAGCUUUCAAUUGAGUAGGAAAAGAGAGAUGACUUUUCUGGUAGAGAAACUUAGAUAACUUUGCUUCUGCAGUAUUGUUGUAAAAUGCAAAGUUAAAGGGAUGUAUUAUCUUGUGUAGUCCUACUUAUA